AUGGUUUCACGUUUUACUGAUCUUGAACGUAAAACAAUACUUGUACAAUUCAUUGCUGUUGAACCAUUAACAUUUUAUACGACGUCAGAUGGUACUGAUCUUGUUCAAGAUACUUUACGUUCACAUUUAUCUCGACAAGAUGCAGAUAUACUUGGUCAAGAAGGUUCAUUAUCAAUUGAUGAACAAGGAGAAUUUCUCACAUUUGAGCCACUAGAUACAAAAAAUCGUACUUUGCAUUUACCAACCGAACAUUUAGCUUAUUGUGGUGCAUUAAGACGUAUGCGUCAUGAUAUUUCUGAUCAACGUGAUCUCGAUCAAAUUCAUCGACGAGAAUUUGAAAAUGUUGAUUUAGCUAAUCGCUUCGCGCAUUAUAUUGUUGGUCCACCAAUAUUUGCUACUGUUUUCCAUGGCUUCGAUAAUGCACUAUGCUACAUAUUUGUUACACAAAGUGCUGAUGAUGCUUGCCUUCUAGUUAUGAAGCUUAUGCGUGCUUUUAAAUUGCACGAACAAAAACUACAGCAACAAGGUCAAAUGAAUCAAGGUCAUUCGUCAUUACAUCCAUUUUCUGGUAGGGGUGGCUCACCUUUACCAGUCGAUAUCAAACGAGACAGUCCUUUGCUACAAUCAUCACAAGGAUUUUUGAAUGAUAAUAAACAAUCAUUAUCGUCGGCAUUCGUUCAUCAAGCACCAACUACAACAAUAAAUUCAUACAAUAACGAUCCACGACAAGACGAAAUAAUUCAAAGACUUCUUGCAAAUCCAAAUUUAGAACUUGUUAGUCAACCAGCACCAUUCUAUUCUCAACGCAUCAGUGAUAUACCAAUUAUGUCAACGACAUCAAUGAAUCAACGAUCUACUCCAAUUACUUUUAACAACAGUAGUAGUUCUUUGAAUAAUAUUCCAUAUAUGAGUAGAUUAUCCCCUCAAUUGAUGCGGCCACCUUCGCCGCCCAUUCUUGGGAUUUCGGAUAAUACUAAUGUACAAAAUAUGUCAUUUGGUAAUACUAAUCCACAAGUGAUCUACAAGCAGAACAAUCAAGAAAUAGUUUAUAAACAAAAUAUAAUGGUACGUUGGUUACAACCACCAACACCACCUCCACCAGCACCAAUCAUAAUUCGAGAGAUCCAAGCUCCUGGAGCUACUCAACCACCAUUGGUAUGUCGACAAGUGCCACCUUGUCCAAGAACACCACCACCGAUUAUUAUCAGAGAAAAGCCGCCCCCAUGUCCUCCAACCGGGCAACCUUUAAUUAUAGAAAAACGAAUACCACCUAUUUCUCUUCCUCGACAGGUUAUUGUUGAACGAUAUCCUGCUCCACCUGCAAAGCCGCCAACAAUUAUUUAUGAAAAAUAUUUACCUCAAACACAACAACCACGCCAAGUAUUUGUAAAACGUGAAGUAUGUCGACCUACUGGAUAUCCAGUAGUACAGCAGCAACUUCCAUGUCGACAAAUAGUCAGAGAAGUUGUCAGACAAAAUCAACCAACUUUUGUUUGUGCACCUCAACAACAAACAACGAAUCAACCAGCUUUCGUUUGUGCACCUCAGCAACAAACAACGAAUCAACCAACUUUCGUUUGUGUGCCACAGCAGCAGCAAACAACAACUCAAUCGCAAGCGGUGCAACAAUUAGUGCCAAUAUUUGCUGCACAACAAAAUGUUGUUCAGCCUCAAGGUGUUCGUAUUAUUCGGCAAGUAAUUGGGCCAUCACAAGGAGCAAUGCAACAACCUCAACAAAUGUAUUCAACAAUGGGUUCGCCUAUGGUUCAGGCAGUACAAUCGAAUUUUAUGCAUUAG